AUGACUCUCACUUGGGCGCCGAUGCUCUCCCUCCGGGUGCUCGGCGUCAGCUGCGGCUACGUCGUCUGCGCUUGGGGACUCCUGCUCGUCCUCUCGGUGCUGGGCGGCGCCUCCCAUGGGACCCACGGCGCCCACGGGGCCCAUGGCGCCCAUGGGGUACACGGACUCGGCGACGCCCCCGGAUUCGCCGGCUCCCUGAAAGACCUCGACGGCGCUAGGUGCCCCUGGGCCUGCACCUGCAACGGACACGAACUCGACUGCGCCCAGCGGGGACUCACCCAGGUGCCCGGAGACCUUGCUGCUCUCCUGCUCGCCGAGAAACUGGACCUCCAGGGCAACAACAUCUCGGUCAUCUUCAAGACCGACUUCGAAGACAUGGCCACUCUUCACGUCCUACAAUUGUCCAACAACCAGAUCCAUACGAUCGAGAGGGGCGCCUUCCAGGACCUGGUCGGCGUGGAAAAGCUGCGGCUCAACAAUAACCAGAUUCGCUAUCUGCCCGACUUGCUCUUCAGCAACAUGAUGAAUCUCAAGCGACUGGAUUUGAGCCACAACCAGAUCGCCAUGAUCGGACCCAAGACGCUCCGAGGGGUCUCCUCGCUGAAACACCUGUUACUGGACAACAACGUGCUGACCUGCGUGGACGAGGCGUCUAUUCGGGAGCUGAAGGACCUCGAGAUCCUCACUUUGAACGAUAACAAGCUGACGAGCCUGGGGAAGGAGAUGCUGUCCGGGCUAACGCGAUUACGCACCCUGAGACUGGCAGAAAACUCGCUGGCCUGCGACUGUCACCUGUCCUGGCUGUCCAGGCACCUGAGGAGCUUCCCAAGACUCGGCCAACACACGAAGUGCUCCUCUCCUGCGCACCUCAAGGGCCAGAAUCUCGCAGACCUACAAGAACACGAGUUCAAGUGCUCGGGUCUUGCCGAACGAGCUGGAUCGGAAUGCAGCGCGGAGCCGCAGUGUCCUCAUCCUUGCAGAUGCGUGGACGGCAUCGUGGACUGCAGGGAGAAGUCCUUGACGAAAGUCCCGACCCAUCUUCCCGAGGACACCACCGAGCUCCGGCUGGAGCAGAACGCCAUCACGGAGAUCCCGCCGAACGCGUUCUCGCCUUACAGGAAGUUGCGGAGAAUAGACCUGAGCAACAACAAGAUCAAGAAAGUCGCGGCCGACGCUUUCCACGGACUGAAGUCCCUCGAGUCGCUGGUCCUCUACGGGAACAAAAUAGCCGAGCUGCCAGGUGGACUGUUACAGGGACUGACCAACUUGCAAUUGCUGUUGCUUAACGCUAACGAGAUCUCCUGCAUCCGCACGGACCUCUUCAGGGACCUGACCAGCCUUCGUCUCCUCUCUCUCUACGACAACAACAUCAAGUCUCUCGCAAAUGGGACUUUCGCCAACCUGCGCAGCAUAGAGACCCUACACCUCGCCAAGAACCCUUUCAUCUGCGACUGCAAUCUUCGAUGGCUGAGCGCGUAUCUCCACAAGCAUCCGAUAGAAACUUCCGGUGCACGUUGCGAUGCACCCCGGAGGACCCUGAAGAGGAAGAUCGACGCGAUGCGGGACGACAAGUUCAAAUGUAAGGGUGACGAGGAGCUGCUGACGAAGAGGGCCGGGGAGUGCAUCCUGCCAGGAGAGUGUCCCUCUCCGUGCACCUGCAACGGGGCCACGGUGGACUGCUCGAACAAGAAGCUGACGUCGAUCCCUCGGGACCUGCCGAUCUACACUUCGACCCUGUUGCUGGGGAACAACGAGCUGGAUAAGAUCAAAGCCGACGGCCUCUUCGAGAAGCUGCCGGAGCUGCAGCACUUGGACUUCAGGAGGAACAAGAUCUCGCGCAUCGAGGCGUCCGCCUUUCAGGGAGCUCGCAAGCUCACCGACUUGCUCCUGUCGGAAAACAAGCUGAGGGAGGUGCACAACAAGAUGUUCACCGGCCUGACGAACCUGAAGACCUUGAACCUACACGGCAACGUCAUCACCUGCGUAAUGCCGGGAGCCUUCGACGGCCUGGAUCACCUGCGGACCAUCAACAUGCAGGGGAAUCCCCUAUCGUGUAACUGUCACUUGGCCUGGUUCGCCGAAUGGCUGACGAGGCGCGACAUCCCCGGUGUCACAGGGCGCUGUCACGACCCCCCAAGACUGAAGGAUGCCGUCGUCAAAGAUAUCCCACAACACGAGUUCAAGUGCAACAGUGACAGCGUGGGUUGCCUCGGCGACGAUUACUGCCCUCCUCAGUGCAACUGCGCCGGUUCCGUGGUGCGAUGCUCCAGGUCCUCCCUGACGGAAAUACCUCGCGGGAUACCGCCGGAAACGACGGAGCUCUACCUGGACGUGAACGACAUCCGAACGAUUCAACCGGAGAGACUCAACCACCUACGGAUUCUGUCUAGACUAGAUUUGAGCAACAACCUGAUCGCCAUGCUGUCCAACGACACCUUCAGGAACCUCACCAACCUGUCUCAACUGAUAAUUAGCUACAACAAGCUGCAAUGCGUGCAGCGCAACGCCCUGGCCGGGCUGAAAUCCCUGCGGAUCAUCUCCCUUCACGGCAAUGAUAUAUCGGUGAUCCCAGAAGGAGCCUUCGACGAUCUAGAGUCCAUCACUCAUCUCGCCCUGGGCUCUAAUCCUCUCUACUGCGACUGCAGCAUGCGCUGGCUCGCCGAAUGGGUCAAGAAAGACUACGUCGAGCCUGGCAUCGCCAGGUGCAUGGAACCUCCUGCCAUGAGGGAUAAACUCUUGCUCACCACCCCGGUAUCCGCUUUCCAGUGUAAAACCAAACAGCAGCCUGCCGAGGUCCUGGCAAAGUGCGACGUGUGCUACACCGCACCGUGCCAGAACGGGGGAUUCUGUGAAACCCUACCAGACCGGCAGUUCCGUUGUAAGUGCGCACCGGGAUAUCACGGGGACCGGUGUCAGCAUAAAAUUGACGCGUGCUAUGGAAAUCCUUGCCGGAACUCCGGAUCUUGUAAAGUACUGGAAGAAGGCAGAUUCAGCUGCGACUGCACUCCCGGUUACGAGGGCCUCCGAUGCGAAAGCAACGUGGACGACUGCGCGAACAACAAGUGCGCCAACAACGCGAGCUGCGUCGACCUCGUUCAGGCCUACCGCUGCGACUGCGCCCCGGGAUUCAUGGGAGAAUACUGCCAGGAGAAAAUACCUUUCUGCACAAAAGGACACGACCCCUGCGAGAACGGAGGCCGUUGCGUCGACCACCGGACCCACUACAGCUGCGAGUGCCCGGUCGGGUUCGCCGGGCUCAACUGUUCCACCAACCUGGAUGACUGCGGUGAUCAUCUGUGCCAGAACGGUGCUACUUGCAUCGACGGCAUAAACGACUACGAGUGUAAGUGCGCGGCGGAGUACACCGGGAGAUACUGCGAGGCUGCGCCUUCGACAGCCAUGCUCUAUCCUCAGACCAGUCCGUGUGCCCACCACGACUGCCAACAUGGAGUUUGCUUCCAACCUUCGCCCUCCUCCGCCGCGGACUACCUUUGUCAGUGCCAUUCUGGCUACACUGGCAAACGAUGCGAGUACCUGACGAGUCUGAGCUUCGUGGAUAACAGCUCGCUGGUCGAGCUGGAGCCGCUCCGCACCAGGCCCGAGGCCAACGUUACCAUCGUCUUCGUGACGACCCACGAGAACGGUGUCCUCUUCUACGACGGGCAGAACGGCGAGCACAUCGCCGUAGAGCUCUUCAAUGGGCGCAUCAGGGUAUCCUACGACGUGGGUAAUUACCCCACCUCGACGAUGUACAGCUACGAGAUGGUCUCGGACGGCAAGUCGCACAUAGCCGAGCUGCUGGCCAUCAAGAAGAACUUCACGAUGAGAGUGGACCGCGGCCUCGCCAGAAGCAUCAUCAACGAGGGUCCCAGGGAAUAUCUGAAACUGACGACCCCGAUGUACGUCGGCGGCGUCGCCCCGGCGGUCGCCGGCGUCGCCUUCGCCGAGUUCCACCUGAGGAACGUGACGAGCUUCCAAGGGUGCAUCUCCGAGAUGUGGAUCAACCACAAGCUCGUCGACUUCGGCAAUGCCGCCAAAAUGCAUCGAGUGACGCCCGGGUGCUCCACCGGGGACGAAGAAGCCGAUGAAGCCGGCAGGGACGUCGUCGAGGCCGAAGGGAUCGCGGAACCGAGCAAAGUCGGCGGAACUAACGAAGAAGCCAUGCCGCAGGAGCCUGCUCGCGAGCGCAUCGACAUGCCGAUGCCGGUCCCAGCCUCGGGACUCGUCGAUCCCUGCGCCGGUCACGAGUGCCACAAAGGCUCCCAAUGCGUUCCCCAGCCUUUCGGCGGCUACACCUGCAAGUGCCAAACGGGAUGGCAAGGUCGCAACUGCGAUAAAGCUCCCACAUGCCGGAAGGAGCACACCAGGGCGUACUACAGCGAAAAUGGGUGCCGAAGUCGACGACCGGUCAAGUUGGCCAAGUGUUGGGGCAGCUGCGGUAGCUCUUGUUGUUUGCCGCGGAAAACUAAGCGACGUAAGGUACGCCUGAUCUGCAACAACGGGACCCGGUACACGAAGGACGUGGACUUGGUGCGGAAGUGCACGUGCACGCGCAAGUGCUACUAGAGGACGACACGCAUCCCUCGCGAGCACGGAGACGCGGUGGAUCGAAGUGGGACAAGAUCCAAAACGCCCUGGAAUUCCGAGGUCCCGGGAAAAACGGCACGUUUCUCCCGGAAUCCUCGGAAAAUUGUGAACUCUACAGUGGCUCCGCGUCUGCGCGCCAGUGCUAGGGGCAGUGCGUGCUCAGCUAGAUGGACACACGCAGCCGGCUCAGUGUGAUAUGUAUUAUUAAAAAUAUUAUAUAUAUAUACAGACAUAUUAUAUAUAUAUAUAUACAUAUUAGGUAUAAACUAUUGGAAGAUGGCCAUACGUGCGCGCCAGCAACUGUACAUGACCCUACGCAAGAGUAAUGGACUCAUUGCGGGCGGACGGUGCGCACGCAUGCGACCGAUUUGCGCUAAAAAAUCACACAUGAAUCGUGCUCGAUUAUCCGUGAGAUGAUGAAGAAAUGCCUUUCGCGUUUCACCCGCUCACUCUCCCGGGGAAAACGUUCCUGUAGACGAAAACUUCUGUUCGACGAGGUGCACUCGAAGGAGGAGCCGAAUUUACUCUGGGUACCCUGGAUGCUCUAGACUGGUUAGACGACAAAUAUUUAUUCUUGCCCAUCGAGCGAGGUGGCAAGUACUUCCUGAUGCAACCGGCCGAGUGCAUCCAGGUCUUGGAGAUUUUUUUUAUCGACUCCUGGGCUUCGAUUGCAACUCCCCCUGCGCGGGUCCAAGGCUGCGGAGCUUCUGGGAUUUUAUCUCGCCGCAGUGUCGACGCCACGUUCUUCUUAAUGUUUCCAAUGAGCCUAUGUAGUCUCGGUUAGCGAUAAGUGAAGUGCCCUCUGACGCUUCUUGCGGAGGGACCUCGAGGAUGCACUCGAUCGCUCGGCUGUAUCUCCAUCUCCGGAGGCACGGCGGCGCCCUGGAAGCAUGAAAAACGAGCGAGAGGGCUGCGGAAAUCGCCGACGCGUUUCUUGCGCGUUCCUCUAAGAAUUGUACGCUGAAUUUUUUUUUCUCGACCAGCAGCCGACUUUCUUGAUUCGCCGGACAUCAUCCCCGAUCUCCGCGCCACGUGGCGGCGGGCAUUAGAUUUAAAAGGAACUUCGACUACCGGAGCGACGUUCGAAAACCUUGCAAAACGGCCGUUUGGAAGCUCGUUAAAUGACUACGGGCUCACGGAUCACCCUUUAUUAACCGUCGUUUCUAUCAUGAUUUUUAUCCUUCGAGUCCGGCACUUUUUAUCGAAUUUUUUAUGGCAGGCAGGAAAAUAAAUCGCACGCGUAUCUGCGUACCGCGCGCCAUUUUUUUCCGAUGUCACGCCGCCGAGCGAGAGAUCUUGAAAAGUUUCUCCUAAGGCCUAUUCGAAGGGAGCUUUCGAUAAGAGUAUCGGA